CUUCAGACUUCUUUAUCUUCGCUGUAUCCGCCUCCCCCCUGGCCUCACUGUCCGACCCAGCCAACCCGCCGCGCAAUCAUGGAAGGCUAUCUUCUCGUGCCUCCCGAACGGUCUGCCAUAAUAGGCCGCGCUGUGUGGAAGCCUCGCUACGUCGUCCUUGGAACCAAUGGGCCGCGGCAUCCCACGGCCCCGAAACCCUCCCUCCCGCGCUCGAUCUCAGCAAGAAAACUCCAUGCCGCGCGCCAGGGCCUCAAGACCUCCUCCGUUUUCCAGAGUUCCGACGAUCUCACGCGCGUCGACCAGGACCAGCUCUGGCUCACUGUGACCAAACAGAAGGGCGACUCGGAGAUCAUAUCGCACAACCUUCUCUCAUCGAUACGCAGCUGCGAGAUCCAGAGCAUCCAGUUCCGCAAGCCAGGCCCGGCCGUCCCGACGCUUAUCCUAACCUUCGAGCUCGACGCGGCAUCAGAGCGCCUGCGCAAGCGCCGCUCGAGUCGCUCCGGACAACUGACCUCGCCAUCGAGCACUUUUCCCAACUCACUUCUCUUCCGCCCAAUGCCCGAUGACCGCUUUGAUAUCUACGAUUGGCAGGUGACGAUCGCGCCGCGAAUCCGCCCGGCUACAGCAGAACGCGGCGAUGCGUCGUCGAACGACUCGGCGUCCCUCUUCGCCUUCGUCAACCCCUUUGGCAAUUCACAGAAGCAAUCCGAGCGCCCUACAAUCUCUAACCCCAUUCCACAACCAGAGCCAUUCCUCCACCAUCGCACCUCGACCAAGGGCCACCGACCCCCCCCGAAACCCAUUAGUCUGAUCUCGCCCUCUCCUUCCUUGCGCUCGCGACACAGCGACCUCUCCUCUCCAACCUCAUCUUUCUCACCAUCCGGGCCGCUGCCUAUCCAGCACCCCCCUCUCCCCUCACCAGCCUCGACGCUCAACCACGACGGCGACCUAAUUUCCAGCUGGACCUCCGCCCAAGGCCGCUCCUCGGCCCUCUCACACUACACGCACGCUUCGACCCCUCCCACGGGCCCUCGCGAAACAAUCCUCGACCGCGCUUUCUCCAUGCGCUACAUCCCCGGCGCCGCCGAUGCGCCACCACCCUCCGAAGAGGGCAAGCUGAGCAGCAUCGCGCGCUUCGAGGCCCUAAUGCGCGACCACGAAGCGCGCAAGAACCGCCCCGCCACACCCACACACAACCGCAACGAAAGCGUAGCAGACUGGGACAUCGACGAAGCCCCCGAGUCAGAUGAUUCCGACAUCGACCGCGUCGCCCCUAAUCCUCGCACGCAGAAUGCGCGCCGCGUCGAUACCCCCUCUGACGACCCUCUGACGUGGAGCAUGCAUACCAUCUCCGCACCGACGCAGCGCGCGCUCGGCUAUAUCUCGGGUCGCACCACACCGGCUACGGGGCGCCCAGGGAGCGCGCGGAGUGAGGACCACCCGCCUAUGCCGACUAUGAGGGCGCGUCCAGGGGAAGGCGGACGCGCGAUACCGGCAAGUCUGAGUUUGGCAGGGAUGGGAACGAGGGUUAUUCCCCCUGCACCGAGGACUGUUGAUACUGCCGAAGAAGAAGAGGAGGACGAGGACGAGGAAGAUGAUGAAGAAGAAUCAGACGAAGAGGAUGAGGAAGAGGACGACAGGGAAGUUGACCUCUACUCCGCCGCCUUCCCACAACCUCCCAGCAACCCUCUGCCACGCUCCCGUACCGCCCCGCCCACGCGACCCCCACUAUACCAGCGCCAUAGCAGCGCGAGCUCCUGCCUGCCUGUGCAGACGAACGUCUCCAGCGCAGCGGCCAGCUCGCGCAAUAGCCGCAACAGCGACGCCAGCUCAGGCUUCGGACUUCCCGAGGCUGAAACGGUGCUGGUGCGCGGCUUGAGCCAGGCGAGGCUGAGUAGGCUGGUUAGAGGGACGCAGCCGGGAGUGCUGCAGAGGGGAAUGAGUGAGGAGUCGAGGUGUGGUGGUGGAUGGAGGGGGGGUGGGAUGUUAGGGGGCGUGGAGGGGGGGUUCAUGUGAUUCCCUCUCUGACAAUCCCAACAUCGCCACCAGCACGCUUGUGAUUGGCGGUUGAGAUUAUGGGUGGUUUUUUUUUUUUUUUGCUUGAGCCUUUUUUUGCUUCCUUUCUUGCAUUGCCAGGUUUGAUGAUGUGAUGAUGAUUCGAUUUGAUUGAUACCGGCGGCAGCUGGUUAGGGAGGUUUACUGAUUCUGAUGAUGGGUGGAUGGGCGUCUAGGAUAUACCACCGCCUCCUUGCCUUCUAGGGUGGGGGGUUGGACCGCAACUUGUGCAUUUUUUUUGGUAUUUGGAGUUUCAGGGAUAUGGGGGAAGGAGAUGGCAGCAUAUAUGUGGAGGAGGAGUGUAAUGUGUUUUUGAUUUACUGGCAUAGUAUGAGAUGUCGGCGGCGUGAUGCGGGCGCAUGAUGUAUGUAGACGAUUUAGGGGCUGAGAUGGCCUGCCUCCACGAGGGUAGCCUGGAGCGAAUUAUGAUGAGAUGAGAUACCAGAAAUCAUUAUUGCUUUAUCC